AUGUCAAACGAUUCUACAGAUCGCACUAUCAAGGGUGGUGUUUGGGUACUCAAAGAGGAGUACGAUAUCGAUAAUAUAAUACUUAAAGAUGAACUGCUAUCUGAUUACAUGAUAGCUUUAAUGGAGGUAGCUGCAGCGGAUGGAGUUUUGAGUGAAGCCGAACGUCAAUGGGUUAUCGGUCUUGCCUGUGCUAUAGGAUCGUCACAAGUCGUAAUAGACAAACUUCAAACCUAUCAACACAAAGGUAUGGAUAGUGUACUGGCAACGUUUCAUGCUGAAAGUGGUCACAGUAAUGGAAUACAUCGUCAACUGAGCUUAAUCUACGAUGGAUUUCGAGCAGCGGGUGCAGAUGGUGAGCUUCAUCCAAAAGAAGUAGAAGCUAUUCAUGAACUUGCCAAAGCACUUGGUGUUGGGGAGGCACAACGACGAAAUAAACCAACAACAACUACUUCUAAAAAUUCACCACCAAUCCUUCCUGAAACAAAAAGCACAACAGCAACAAAUACUGCACCACCAACACUAAAACAGCAAACCAAAAAGAAAGAAACGCUACUCGUAGAUAUUCCGUGCACAGGAAGACCAACUUCUAUGCUAGGGAAAAAGCUCAUCAAGAUCGCAGCCAAAGUUCGACCAGAAAUAAAAAUUCAACCUAUUCCAAGACCCCCACCAACAAUUCAAGAUCUUCUACCACAAAAAGAUCCUAUUCAAAAAGAUCUUCACUUGCAUCUUGUCUAUGAAAUAACAUGUCACGACUGCGAAGCUUCCUACAUCGGCAAAAUAAUUCGUCAAGCAACUCGAAGACACUAUGAGCAUGAUGCUUCGAUAGGCACCAACCAACCUGAUGAACAAAACUGCGACUCCCAACCCAUAGCAGCUUCGGAUACAACCUUGAGACGUUCCGAUCGUUUAGAAAGCGCAAAACAACCAACUUAUUCUUCUUUAGAUAACCCAACAACAAACGAAACCGCAGACUAUUCCAACAUCAAAUCUGCCCUGCACGAUCAUGAGCUCGAACAUGGACAUCAAAUUGACUGA